AUGGCAGACGACGAAGUUCAAGCGCUCGUUGUGGACAAUGGUUCGGGUAUGUGCAAAGCCGGUUUCGCCGGAGAUGAUGCGCCCCGUGCCGUGUUCCCGUCCAUCGUCGGUCGCCCACGUCACCAGGGAGUGAUGGUCGGUAUGGGUCAAAAAGACAGCUACGUCGGUGAUGAGGCACAAUCGAAACGU